AAGAAUCCAAAACCAAUGAGACUCACAGAUUUAGAGGAAAUAUCUUUUCGGAGAUCAUCAACUUGUCAUAUAUGUCGGAAACCAAUCACUGGUGAAGAACUUGCUGUACGAGACCAUUGUCAUCUCACAGGGCGUUUCAGAGGUGCAGCUCAUAAUUCUUGUAACUUGAAUUAUAAGGAUUCAAGAUUCAUUCCUGUGGUUUUUCAUAACCUCAAUUACGACACUCAUUUUAUUUUAAAAGAGAUUGCUACUUCUACGUUGAUGAAAGGACGAGUAAAUUUAAUACCUCACAAUAAGGAGAAAUAUAUUUCUUUUACAAAAUACGUGGAUGACUGCAACAUAAGUUUUAGAUUCAUAGAUUCUUGGCGUUUUCUACCUUCAUCAUUGGAAAAGCUUGCAUCAUAUCUGAAAAAUGUGCCGAUAGCAGUAAAGGAAUUUCGAUCAGAUGGACUUACAGAUGAAAAGAUAGAUCUCCUUCGACGAAAAGGUGUAUUUCCAUAUGAUUUUGUAAAUGGAUUAGAUAAGUUGACGACUACAAAAUUGCCAGAAAAGAAUGAUUUUUAUAAUAAGCUAACAGAUUCUCAUAUUGCUGAAGAAGACUAUAAGCAUGCUGUCCAAGUUUGGAAUAAGUUCAAUAUUAGUACGUUGGGAGAAUAUUCAGAUCUUUAUCUGAAAACCGAUGUUUUACUAUUGGUCGACGUUUUCGAGAGUUUUCGUGAAACAUCUCUUAAAGCCUAUGAUUUAUGUCCUGCUCACUUUUAUACGACUCCUGGACUAACUUUUUCAGCAGCUUUAAAAAUGACAAAGGUAGAAUUGGAGCUUCUUACAGAUAUUGCAUGCUAA